UGUUCAAAAUUCUUCUGAAAUAUUUGGAAUUUAUACAGCGUCAAAAUUCAAAAAUUCGAAAACAAUAUAAAUAAUUGUUUUUUAUUUUUCAUCUCACAAUAUGAAAUUAUCAAGAAAUAAUCACGACAUUGAUUAUUCAGAAACAAGAUUUCGGCCAUUCAAAUCCAGUUAUAAGGAAGAAGACGUAAAACAAUGGACAAAUAAAUUUUCACAGAUUUGUAAUAAUGAGAAUCAUUCAAAAAGAUUUCAAGAAAACAAGAGAGAUGCUAAAAAUAGAAAAGAGAUUCAUAAUACUGUAAGAAAAGUUCUUACUGAUAUACUAUUUAAGAAAGAAUUAACAGAAAUAGAGAGUCAAUUAGACAUGGAGAAACAAAACAUGGAAACUAAUAGGAAAAAAUCCCUUUCUUAUUCAAAUAAAUCAAUUAUUAAAGACAAGACAAAUGAGAAUGAAAUCAAUUUUAUAAUUCCCAGUCAUUCGUCAAGUAUUAAAAGCGAUUAUUCAAUUAUUAUUGAUGAGGAGGAAGAUAAAUAUGGAUUUCCGAAGGAAUUUCAAAAAGUCAUACAAGUAGAAAAUGUAAAUUUAGAUGUCGAAGCUAAAAAGAAAAAAGGUCAUCGAAAGGUUUCAAAAAAACCGAAAACAAGACCAUUCUUUACGAGAAAAAAGGCAAGUAAGAAAAAAAAGAUUAGAAAAGAUGAAGCGGUCGUAAAUUUCGGCACCUCUCAUGACGAAACAAAACUGAUGCCAUCUUAUGCUGAAGACAAAAGAAAUUGUGUCUCAAUUACUAUCGAAGAAGAUCCUGUAAAUGUUAAUAUAAAAUCGGUUCAAGUAUCGGUACCAGAAUCUCAUAAACUGAAAGGACCAGUUACAAAAACUAAAUCAAGACAUAUACAGCCAAAAAGAGUGGAAUCAAAUAUAGAAAUAAGUACUUCAGGAGGAAGUGUUGGAAUUGCUGUUAAAAGAGUAGUGAAAAACGAUAAAGUAAAGAAAAAAGCGGAGAAACCUUAUAUAGUAGUUCAGGCUCCAAUAGCUGAAGAAGAUGCAGAUGAGGAUGAAAGGAAUAAUCGAUGUAAAGAUCCAAUCAAUGAUAAUCUAUGUGAUUUAGAACAAGGCAUGAUCGAUACAAUACUUGUUGGUAUAGGAGAAAAGAAAGAUUUUCUGAAACAUUUUUACUGAUUAUUUACAUGUACUGUUUAUCAAA